AAGAACUCGCAUAUAAUUUUAUUUGUCUAAACUGCCUCCAUGAUAUAUUAUAAACUAGAACGAACGUGGGGCAAAUUAAGAGACCGAAUCGAACGAAUGUGAUAUAAACAUUUAACAGCUGUUUUUGUUUGUACUAAGUCAUGUUGCUUACUUUACGUAAGUAAACAAAAGGGGGUUAGCAAAUAAAUUUUGUAGAUGUUUGCCUUGAGAACGACAGGCGAGUGUGUAAUUUCGAGUCAUACGAUUUGCUUGGAAUUUCAGUUGUGAUUUUAUAUGGAAUGCAGCCAGGACUCGUACAAGUACCCGUUUUUGUGUAUCCAACACCUAUAACCUUUUAUUUAGAAGACCAAGCGAGCCACAAACAGGUGUUAACUUUAUAUAACCCCUAUGAAUUUGCAAUCAGAUUCAGAGUUCUGUGCACAGCACCAAGCAAGUACACCGUAGUAGAUCCGGAGGGCUCCAUCCGGCCUCACUGCUGCAUCGACAUUGUGGUGAGGCACAAUGCAGUGUACCCAGGCAACUGCAACGUCACCGACAAGUUCCGGGUCGAAAUGCAGAACCACGCGACCAAACAGGUGAUCGGCAAGCAGGUGGUGGCGGCGACGCUGCUGCCCGGGAAGCAGACGGGCGCCGCGCCAGAGCCGGACGUGUUCCAGAACCUGGCGCAGCAGACGGACGCAGCAGGCGCGCCCGCCGGGGUCCAGCAUCAGUUCGGCCUGGCCAGGGACUACCGACACAAUCGCUUGCAGACCCCAAACCACGUGGCGAUCAUAACAGCAGUGGUCUGCAUCGGAGCACUGCUGCUGCCCACACAAGGGGAACAAGACUCGAGGUUUCCGUCUUACCUGCAUCUCACGCCGCACUUGAAACUGGUGUUUGCGUAUGUUCUGGGAAUGGUGACAAUGGUGGUUUUGAAGCCUAUCUAAUUAUACACAAGAAAAUUUAACUACAUCACAACCUGCUGCUGUUUUUAAUGAAGAAGUAACUUCAGCUGUGGUUAUCUGCCUCUUGACAUCGAAGUUCCACAGAGUGUGUGAGAAGCAGUUCAUUCGUAAGGCAGCGUGGCUUGACAGGCUGUUCACAUCAUUGCACUGAUUGCAACAACUCGGUCAUUUCAUUUUGUAAUAGUCAAGAUUUGGUUUUGUGUGAUGGUGGGCAGAGGUGAAGCAGAUGUUCCUGUUUUAACUUUCAGCAUUAUUAAGCUGUUUUAGGAUACACUGUAUAAAAAUGUUUUCCAGUCUGGAAUUAGUUAGCGACUAUUCACUGUACAUCAAAAGAGGUAGAGGAAUUUUCAUGUUGUGUGUUUAUUUUCUGUCAAAGCAGGUAAAUUUAAUUAUUUUGACUUUCGGGUGAUUGCAGAGAUAAGAAUCUGCCAGGCAACUAACUCUUAAGUAAAAUGUGGACAGAGAGGCACGUACUCACAGACUGGUACUUGUGAAGUGACUUAAACAUAGAGCAGAAAACCAUUUGCAUGUUCUUGAUGUUUUGCUAGUUGUAUGAGCGUCCUCAGUAGACAAAAACCAAAGGAGUACCACACACAGUCUCCUGUCCACUAACAGAUACACCGGGCUGUUUCAGACUGGCACCUAAACUAAGGGCAGCAGUAAAAACCAUGGACUCUCACCAUUGAAGGGCUUAUUUGCCAAAAGAACUGUCAACAAUUUGUGUCAUGGAGAUUGCAGCUGGCACACGAGAUUAUAAAAUCUAACGUCA